GAUUGCCAUUAAAACAUCACCAGACGAAUGCAUGAUUACAGCCUGUCGUAAGUGACGUGAAGGGAAAGCCCAGCAUGCUAUGAUCAUUUAGUGAAAGGCUGUAUGGGGUCUGAGGAGGCUUCCUGAGGCUUCAGACAUCCUUUUAAAUGCCACUUUCUUAAGAAAACCUUUUGCAAUCCUCAACAUGUGUGAGCAAACACUACUUAAAACCCUCCUUUUGCCCUCCAGGCUUUGCCCAGGAUGGUUCCUUCUGGAAUGUCUAUUCCCCUCCUUCCCUUCCUGAAGCUCUUUGUCAGGGACAAAGGUAGGAUCCCUCCCCUUCCAUCUUCUCCACUGGAUGCCUGUGUCGUAUUCAUCUGUGACCACCAGGUACUACCACAGAGCUGGAGCUAAGGAAGGGAAGGAUCGAAUCAUAUUUGUGACCAAAGAAGAUCAUGAAACUCCAAGCAGUGCAGAAUUGGUGGCUGAUGACCCCAAUGAUCCAUACGAGGAGCAUGGAUUGAUACUGCCAAAUGGAAACAUUAACUGGAACUGCCCAUGCCUUGGGGGAAUGGCCAGUGGCCCCUGUGGAGAACAGUUCAAGUCAGCCUUUUCCUGCUUCCACUACAGCACGGAGGAGAUCAAGGGGUCAGACUGUGUAGACCAGUUCCGGGCCAUGCAGGAAUGCAUGCAGAAAUACCCAGACCUCUAUCCCCAAGAGGAUGAGGAUGAGGAAGAGGAAAGAGAGAAGAAGCCAGCAGAACAAGCAGAGGAAACAGCUCCCACUGAGGCCACUGCAACCAAAGAAGAGGAGGGGUCAAGUUAAUGAAGGCCACGAGGCACUGGGCUCCAGUCCUUUUGGAGUGAACCUUUUACAAAAGGCCUUGUCGUCACCUUCCAAGAAAGUGUCUUUCCCUCUGUUGUCCUGUGCACUGUAAUAUACAAAAUAACUUAUUUUGAUGAUCACGGGUCUUGACCUCUUGACAUAUACACUGACAAAAAAUGGGAGUUAUAUGUAUGUGUGUCCUACCUAAACCUGUGGCCACCACUUUUGAAUUCUCAGAUUGCCCUGAAUUUUGCCACUUUUAAAUAACGUGCUGAAUAAGCUCAGCAACUAAAAACCAUUAACCCAAGAACGUUUCUUGUGAGUGAGCUGAUUUAUUCUGAUUCAUUAUAUUCCUUUUGGUAGAUUUUAUACCCCUUGGAGAAAUAAUACAAGUAAUAGAAACAAAAACAUCUCUUAAAAAUGCUGGGGUGGGGCCAUAUCUACUAGCAGAGGUCAGAUGGUCAGAUACAAUUUCUGCAAACCGAUCUUGACCUUGAGUAUGUGAAGGGGUACCAUACUUCAUUCCUGAUACAUUUUGGUUUCCAUGUUGGUAUUGAGCUCCUAAUUUUCUGUGUUUGGACAAUGAAGAUUUGGACCCUCCCAUUCAUAAUCCCUUUCUAAGUGAAGGGAGAGUCUGGCUUGGCUGUUCCUUGUUAUUCCGUAAGCCCUGGUUUAGGGCCCAUGUUCACACUGGCUUUCAGUCUAGUCAGGUGCAAAGUUCUUGAGAGGUGGGGACCUAAUUAUUACCAGAGUAGCAGCAAGAGAGGAAAUGUUGUGAAUUAAGUAUUCAAUUAAAAGGAAACAUGAUUUAUACCUGA